AUGUAUGUCGAAGUAACUGACAAUGAGAUAAGUUCCCUCGUCAUUUCAGGCUGCGAUCCAGCGACAGACUUUCGUGGCACAGGAAUUCUCAGCCUAAUUCAACUUUAUAAUCUAGUACAAACGCUACCUGAAAGUAAGCUGGCUGCUAUUGUCCAGCUUUCGCGGAACGAACCUCACGACUUCCCAUUUGCUGUUGUGGGAAUAAACAUCACAGCCUUGUUAGUGACUCGACUACGCAAUGGCGAGCUCAUCGAGUAA